AUGUUCGAGGUGCAGAUCAUGAGCGACCUCCACCUCGAGUUCGCCAACACCCUCGCGCACCUGCCCUCCUUCGAGCCCCGCGCCCCCUACCUCGACAUUGGUCAGCCGCGGAAGAAGGACUACUUGGAUUUCCUCAAGGCGCAGGCGGAGCGAUUCGAGCGCGUGUUCGUCAUCACCGGCAACCACGAAUACUACAGCUCCGACCGGGACACGGUGAACCGUGAGAUCGCGCAGUUUUGUAGCUCGAUCGCCAACCUCCACUUUCUGCACAUGAGCUCGGUGCUCCUCAACGACAACGGGCACAAGGUGAGGGUGCUGGGCACGACCCUAUGGAACCACUGCCCGGAGUUCUAUCUGGGGCACCUGGAGGCCACCGUCAACGACUACUCGCUCAUCAUGUUCUCCGAAACGCCUGCUUCCUCUGAGGAGGAGCCGAAGAAGCGCAAGCUGCGGGCGGCGGACACGAACCGCUGGCACGCGGAGGAGGUGGCCUGGCUCAAGGCCGCCAUCGCCGAGGCCAAGGCCGCGGGCGAGGCCGUCGUCGUGCUCACCCACCACAAGCCCGGCAACAUCAUGGGUGUGGGCGCCGAAUGGGAGUCUUUGCUCAAGCCGCCGGUCAUUCUCUGGGGCUACGGCCACACGCACUCGAGCCACCAGUGGGUGGUGAACGACGUACUGGUGGCCUCCAACCAGCUGGGCUACCUCCAGUUGGGCGAGAAGGCCGGCUUCUGCCCCGAGUUCGUCAUCACCAUCGACAACGAUCGCAAGAGCCACAUCAUGCGGAACGAUCCGGACAAGAACAGACGGGAGGAGCUUGCCAGGGAGCUGGCUAAGAUCCCCAUGGCGGCCGCGCCGCCUCCGCCUCCGCCGCCCGGACCGCCUGCGCCCAAGCCGGCAGCGGCCAAGAGCUGA